AUGCCCGACGACGACCUGAAGAACGCCAUCCUGCGGCUGACGGAUCUUAUCGUUCAGCAGCAGCAGCGGAUAUCGGCACUAGAACGGUCUGAAGCAUCCGCUGACGGAUGUGAGAAGAUAAUCGAAUCGCUCGCCUCCGGGAUUCAAGAGUUCCAGUUCGAUCCUGACAACGGCUUAUUCUUUGACUCGUGGUAUUCAAGAUACGAAGAUGUUUUUAAAGAGGACGGAAAACGCUUGGACGACGCUGCCAAGGUGAGGUUACUUCUCCGAAAGCUGAGUACGACGGUUCAUGAGCGGUACGUGGACAGUAUUCUUCCGAAGCACCCAAGGGAGUUCAAGCUGGACGAAACCGUUGGCAAGCUCAAGAAACUGUUCGGCCGUCGGAAGUCAAUUUUCCAUGCAAGGUACCAGUGUUUGCAGUAUUUCAAAAACGAAGCAGACGAUUUUACCUCGUACGCAGCAAAGGUGAACAAGCACUGCGAGGCGUUCCAGCUGUCGAAGCUAUCCAGCGACCAGUUCAAGGCACUUCAAUUCAUCUGCGGUUUACAAUCACCUCGUGAUGCCGAUGUUCGAGCAAGGCUAAUCUCCAAGCUUGAAGCUGAAGAAACCACACCGGCAAGACCAGAUGGACCUAGCACGAUCACCUUGGAGAACCUGGUUGAAGAAUGUCAUCGUAUUGUGAACCUGAAACAAGACACGCAAAUGGUAGAGAGCAAGGACAAGCACAUCAAUGCCAUCUCUCGAAACAACAAAGACACGGCUCAAAAGAAGUUCAAGACCCCCAAGACGCCUUGCUGGAAAUGUGGCGAUUUGCAUUACAUCCGCUUUUGUCCAUUCUCCAGUCACACUUGCAGCAAGUGCAAGCAGAAAGGCCACAAAGAAGGGUACUGCUCGAACGAAAAAGUCAAGCCUAAACCAUUCAAUCAAUUCAAACCUAAGGAUAAUCUGAAGACGAAGGGAAUUUUCUCAGUUCGCAACGUGGUGAGUAGGCGUAAAUUCGUCACAGUGGAGCUCAACGGUGUUGCAGUCAAGCUUCAACAUGAUUCGGCAUCCGAUAUCACAGUCAUUUCCGAAGAAAACUGGAUCAAGAUUGGACGACCACCGACUCGGAACACUGAUGAGGCAGCAAUCACCGCAUCUGGAGACAAUUUGAAGCUUCUGGCCGAGUUGCACACUGAAGUCACCAUCGGAAACGUGAGUAAAACGGGGCGCAUUUUCAUUUCAAACAAUCCGGACUUGAAUGUGCUGGGAAUCGAAACCAUGGACUUGUUCGACCUCUGGUCUGUUCCAAUCAACAGUCUAGUCAAUUCAGUCCAGCAGCGUCCUGAGGAUUUCACCAAGCAACUGAAGGAGAAGUUCCCGGAAGUGUUCAGGAGUACUUUGGGUCGGUGCACGAAAGCAAAAAUCAAGCUGUUCCUGAAGGAGGAUGCCCGUCCGGUUUAUUGCCCGAAGCGACCGGUGGCUUAUGCGGCUCUUCCAAAGGUAGAUGCGGAACUCCAGCGGCUCCAGGACAAAGGAAUAAUUUCUCCUGUGCAGUUCUCGGAUUGGGCUGCUCCGAUAGUCGUCGUGCGCAAGGCGGACAACAUUUCUGUACGUGUAUGCGGGGACUAUUCUACCGGCUUGAACAACGCUCUCGAAUCCGAUCGACAUCCUCUUCCACACCCUGAUGAUCUUUUCGCUGAACUGUCAGGAGCGCGGUAUUUCACUCACCUAGACUUGUCAGACGCCUAUCUGCAAGUUGAAGUAGAUGAAGCAUCAAGAAAGCUGCUUACUGUGAAUACACAUCGAGGUUUGUUCCAGUAUAAUCGCCUACCACCAGGAGUCAAAUCAGCACCAGGAGCUUUUCAACGCAUCAUCGACAGUAUGGUUGCCGGAAUACCUGGAGUGAAGCCUUACCUGGAUGACAUCUUGAUCGCUGGUAGGACCAAGGAAGAACACGAUCGAAGUUUGUAUGCUGUCCUUGAGCGAAUUCGGGAAUUUGGAUUCCACCUCAACAUCGAAAAAUGCAAGUUUGCCGUUACGCAAAUCAAGUUCCUUGGACACGUGGUGGACAAAGACGGUAUCCGGCCGGAUCCAUCCAAGACACUAGCGAUUUCCCAAAUGCCACCACCGAAGGACGUGAAGCAGUUGCGAUCUUACUUAGGAGCCAUCAAUUAUUACGGACGAUUCGUGAAGCAGAUGAAGGAACUGAGAGCCCCCCUCGAUAACCUGCUGAAGAAGGACGGCCGUUGGAACUGGUCAUCUGAGUGUCAACAAUCAUUCGACAAAUUCAAGUCAAUUCUUUGCUCGAAGCUGCUCUUGACUCAUUUUGACCCAACCAAGGAAAUAAUUGUUGCAGCGGACGCAUCCAAAUACGGACUGGGAGCAGUAAUCAUGCAUCGCUUUCCAUCCGGUGAGAUCAAAGCUAUUGCACAUGCUUCAAGAUCAUUGACGUCAGCGGAAGCCAACUAUGGACAGAUUGAAAAAGAAGCCCUGGCACUAAUUUUCGGAGUAACUCGUUUUCACAAGAUGUUAUACGGACGAAGAUUCAUCCUUCAAACGGAUCACCAACCGCUGAUCAAGAUUUUUGGUUCAAAAAAGGGUAUUCCAGUGUAUACUGCCAAUAGACUGCAACGUUGGGCCCUCACUUUGCUCCUGUACGAUUUUGAAAUUCAGCACGUGUCGACCGACAAGUUUGGAUGCGCAGAUAUUUUAUCCCGAUUGAUGUCCACCCAAAGCCGACCGGAUGAAGAUUACGUUCUCGCAGCAAUACAUGUGGAAAACGAAGUCAAAGCUGUUAUCUCCGAUACGAUUAACAAGCUACGUUACGUUCAACAUGAUUGUUGCUGA